CGUAUUUUUAUGUUUUCAAGGUGAUUUUUGUAACAUACAUUUAAGAUUUGUUUCUAUUCUCCCAAACUCAAUACUUUAUAAUAUUAUCCAAUCAACAUUCAGUAAUUAAUCACGUGACUCCAACUUAGCGUCACUCUACAAUAUUGACUUGCUUGUAGGCAGACGUGGCUGCAAAUAAAGUGUGAUCUGUAUUUAUAAAACUUGGGAAUUAAUGUGAUUUUCGAUGAUCAUAUCAACGUUUUCUUAAUCUGGUGCAGUUUUUUUUUUUAAACAGUAAGUGAGGAAAUUGGUUUCCUUUGAUUACUUUGUCAAUUUAUGUGCAUGUGCUGUGGGAAGUCGGUCAGUGCAGGAGACGCUAUGUAAUUAUAAGCGGUUGCCUAAUGGAUAUCAACAAACCACUUAACGUAUGUAUUAUUGGAGACUCUUAUAUUCGCCGGUUGAAGGAAUUCUGUAUGACGAAGGACAUGUUAAAUCUAAGGUUACAAAAACAGUUUUGUUCGAUAAACUUUCAUGGAAAAGGGGGGCUUCGUGCACGCCAUGUUAAACACUUAGCGGGCGGAUCUAGGCAUGCGUUGCUCCGUUUUGACGAGGUCCCCGACGUGAUUUUCAUACAAAUAGGAGGGAAUGACAUCUCAGGAUCUACGAACUCUGCUCAACUGGCCAAAGAUAUUGUUUCCUUGGCGGAAUAUUUGGUGCUAGGUGUCGGAGUUCGAUUAGUUUAUAUUGGCCAAUUAAUUCGUAGACUCCCGUUCGCCACCUGUCCGGGAUACAACGAAAUGGUGAUACGGAUCAACAUCCAACUGGAUAUGAUGACAAAAAACUUAUCGGGAGUGGUAUUUUGGCGUCACCGUGGUUUCUGAGCUUCCCUGUCUUAUCUUGGGCCAGAUGGUGUACACCUGGAUUGCACCCCUUCCCACAGCCAGCCUAUGAGGAAAUAUCUUCGGAAUAUAAGAAAUGCUGUAAUUCAGGCUCCAAAAUUCCUCAGGCCAGUAUACUUUUUAAGUUUGCACGGAAUUGUUUAUAUUUUCCGUUAUGUGUAUAUAGAAUAUUUUAAUAUACACUGACCUAGGCUUAAUUUCAAGCAAAGCAUUCAUAUCAGAUCAACAUCCGUUGAAUUGUAUUUGACAUGUAUAUGGCAUCUUGGUAAUAUUGUACCUAUGUUCUAUUGAUUGACUCUUGUAAUUAUGUUCAACAUCCACAUGCAGGUACUAUUUGCUUUCUGUUCAACAAACAAGGCAUGUGCAUAAUGACAUUUAAAUGCGUCUUAUGCAAUAUACUGAUACAUAGUCUAUCUCUAUUUUAUUACAGUCCAAGAUAAUCCUAGCAGCAAUUUCAAUUCAAUGCAUAUUGAAUCUUUCUUGUACAUAUAUGGGUCAGUUACUAGGUAUCUAUACAUAGUAAUCGUGUGAAUUGGAGAUUUAUUCAUUUUUAUUUGCAAGCGGGUCAAAGUUGCUCAUUUUAUGUGGGUCUGAGUUAACCCAUAAAUUUCUGUGGGCCGGAAUUACCCAUAUCUUCUUUUGAGUCGGAGUUACCCAUACUUUUUAUUUGGGUCGGAGUUACCCUUAUUUGCUCAUUGGGUCGGAGUUACCCAGAUUUAUAUUUUGGGUCGGAGUUAUCCAGAUUUAUAUUUGGGUCGGAGUUACCCAGAUUUAUAUUUUGGGUCGGAGUUACCCACAUUUACAUUUUGGGUCGGAGUUACCCACAUUUACAUUUUGGGUCGAAGUUACCCAGGUUUACAUUUUUUGGUCGGAGUUACCCAGAUUUACAUUUUUUGGGUCGGAAUUACCCAGAUUUAGUUUGUGUCGGAGUCAACCAUUGCUAUUUUUAUAAUGGGUCAGAAUUAUACAUUUAUGUAGAGUAUCCCAGGGAUUGGUUGCACUUUAGAUUUCAUUUAAUAGUGGUAAACCAUAUCUCUUGAUGUUUGUCACCCUGUUUGGGAUGCAUACUUCUUGAUUGAGUAUUUAUACGUUAGGCACAAUUUACUCUCAAUACCUAUUUUAAUUUGUGUCGUUUUACCUUAUUUCUUAAUGAAAUUAUAAUUCAGUUCAAAAUCACAAUGGCCAUGUGGUCUGCUGAUAUUGCAUUAAGCAAAUAUUAUUAUCAUUAUCCUUUUAUAUCAGUUCAGUUUUCUUAUGCAUAGUAAAUCAUUUCUACUUUUACAUUUCUGUGUGUAUGACAGUUAUUACAUACUCACCCUUCUUCAGUUAAGCAUGCACCUUGUGCAUUACAUAUGUAGGUGUAUACUAUGUAUUUCUAUACUGAUUUGACAUUUCUCGUGGCAAAUUGGUUGCUAAAUAAUGCCACCUUUCAUAAUUAUUUGACAAUUUGUUGUAAAAUGUGUAUUGUUACAGGAACAAUGCCACCCAAGCCCAGCCAGCGCCUGUCAGCGAAGCGCAGGAGAGUUAACUCUCCGGGUAAUUUAAAAGCUCCCAAUUUCACAUGUGCAAGUGAUUCAGUACGAAAUGAUCCGAAUCCCAUUCAAACAAGUUCAAGUAGAAUGAACACUUUAGCCUCACAAAUAGACUAUGCAGAAUUAGCAAAGCAUAUAGUUGCCCAACAGAGACAACAAGGAACAGAACUGCAGCAGGAGGCAUCAGCACAGCCACAAACUAUAAGUGACAGUACACCCGUGAGCUCAUCUAUGUUAAAUGGCAGUGAGGGAAAUCAGGAUGUGUCGGCCUCCAACUUAAGUUCCUUGUUGGACAAUGUUUUUACAGGAGGCUCGUCGUCUGGCGCCACUCCUGGACAUACAACCAACGGCGGUUCCUCCACAGCUGUUGCAAAUUUGAGUUCUGUCACCCAGACAAUCUUAAGGGCUUCUUUGUCAGUUUCAACUAGGGUUGCAUACAAACACUCGUGGGAGCUGUACAGGGCGAUGUCUCCAAAUAUAGUUUCACUACCUCUGCCUUUGCAGAGCAUUUGUAAUUUUAUAGGAUAUCUGUUUGAAAAACAGUAUAGUGCCAGUAGUAUUGACUCUAAUAUAUCAGCUCUCAGCUAUGUUCAUAAGCUAUUGGAUGUUAAAGACCCUACUCAAUCUUUCAUUGUAAAGAAACUUUUGAGGGGAUGUCACAAGCUAACUCCUUCUAAGGAUACUAGAUUGCCCGUUACGAAAGAAAUACUUUGUAAAUUACUUAAUGCCACAGACUUUACUGUUCCCCAGGCUCUCAACAAAUUGCUGCUCAAAGCUCUGUAUUUACUUAGCUUUAAUGCUUUCCUCCGUUUAGGUGAAGUUGUCAUCAAAUCACUCUCAGACUGCAAUAAGGUAAUUCAGGUUCAAGAUGUUUCCUUCCGAAUGAAAGGAAAAGACCCACUUUCUCUUCAAAUAACCAUAAACCACCACAAAUCUCAAAAGAACAGUGACCCUGUCAUUAUCACAAUUCAAAGUAACCCACAUAGUGCACAUUGCCCAGUGCUUAGUCUAUAUCGCUAUAAAAGCUCCUUUCCACAUGCAUCAGGUCCAUUAUUUCAAUUCACCAAUGGGGUUCCAGUUCCUUAUUCUUAUGUUUGUGGGCAGCUGUCCAAAGCAGCAAUAUUUGUAGGUCUUGACCCCAGACGUUACAAAGGUCAUAGUUUUCGCAUUGGAGCUGCCACUCAUGCUGCUCAGUUAGGUUUCUCAGAAAAUUAUAUUCAGCAUUUAGGUCGUUGGAAUCCAAAUGUGUUACAUCGGUACAUAAGAAUACAAUCUUUCAAACUAUAAGCUAGCACAUUUUGCAAUUACUAUAACAUUAACCAAAUACAUUAAAGCAGGUCAGUGUCUCACUGCUGCUUUAAGCGUCAUAACAUUUGUACAUGUGGGUCAUUUCCAUGUCUUAUUUAUAUAUAUUUUUAUUUCGGGAGAACCAUUCACUGUUAGAUCAUGUUUGUUAACAUCAAAUUUCUUUUGAGUUUUCUGGAACGAUUAUUUGAUGCAUGUAUGUAUUUCUGUAGCUUGACCUACUUGCCGGCAUUCAUGACUUUACUUUGUUUAUAGUUUUGAUCUUAUGAACAUAUCCUCAUUCCUGUUCGCAUGAGAAGCCACAUGCUUGAUAUCAGGACAGUGUUUCACUGCUGUUAUCAUUACAUGUUUUCUGUUAUAAAAUGUAUUCUCAUUUAGUUGUGAUUGAUUCUAGUCUUCAUUAAGGUUGCAUGUUUAGUUAGAUUAUUAGUCUUAGUCUACUUUGUACAUUUUAACGUGUUAUUUGACAGGCCAGUGUCUCACUGUUGUCAUCCAAUUUUAACAAAUUGUUAUUUUGAAUUUGUGUUAUUUGCUUUAUUCACGAUUGUUGAAACUACUCAGGGAGGUUUUCAUGGUGUAAGUGAUGAGGGUUGAUUUUAAUGUCCAUACCUGUAUUUUGUUGCUCGCAAGCUCACCUUGGAUGGCACGGGAUGCGAUCUGUUGAUCUCAUCUUGUGGCCAAUUUUUUGAUGUGCCAUCUUUUUGCUGCAUCUUUGUAAGGUUGUUUUUUAUUGUAGUUGAUGUAGACUUUUAUAGAUAAAUUUGGGGGAUCAGACAUAUUGAAUUAUUUUGUCAUUGUUAAUUUCUUUCUCCAUUUCAGUGACAUUUUCAGUGGAUUGUUUGUGAGUCUGAUCCCCUUGUUAGGAGUUUGUUAUCUAGUUCGUCAUUUGAAUAAAUGACAUUUUUCAUACUCAAUAUGCCUUAUGUUUAUAUCUAAUAUGAUACAGCAAAAACUAGCUUCGGUGACCUUUCUCAGCAUUUUAAGACAUAAAACAACAAUAAUUAAAAUAAUUGUAUUUAUGGUUUAAAUGCGUAUUUUUAUGUUUUCAAGGUGAUUUUUGUAACAUACAUUUAAGAUUUGUUUCUAUUCUCCCAUACUCAAUACUUUAUAAUAUUAUCCAAUCAGCAUUCAGUAACUAAUCACGUGACUCCAACUUAGCGUCACUCUACAAUUUUGACUUGCUUGCAGGCAGACGUGGCUGCAAAUAAAGUGUGAUCUGUAUUUUAUACCCACCAUCCACCCCUUCAUUCCUGCCAUGUAAUUGUCUUUCUAGUCCCUAUCAAUUUUUGAUGUGCCAAUUUUUUGAUGUGCCAUCUUUUUGCUGCAUCUUUGUAAGGUUGUUUUUUAUUGUAGUUGAUGUAGACUUUUAUAGAUAAAUUUGGGGGAUCAGACAUAUUGAAUUAUUUUGUCAUUGUUUAUUUUCUUUCUCCAUUUCAGUGACAUUUUCAGUGGAUUGUUUGUGAGUCUGAUCCCCUUGUUAGGAGUUUGUUAUCUAGUUCGUCAUUUGAAUAAAUGACAUUUUUCAUACUCAA